AUGAAAGACUCCACAAGAAUAUAUCUCGCCUCCUUCAUCGUCUUCCUCUGGGCCAGCUUCUUCGGCAUCUACAACCUCAUCGACAUCGGCAUCUUCGACGCCCACUACAUCUUCUCCCCCUCCAAACUCCACGCCCUCGCCAUCGCCUCCAUCGAAGGCAACGGCAACAACACCCGCGCCAUCGUCGCCAACAUCGUCUCCCAGCUGCAAGCCGACCCGGACCUGGCGCCUUAUCUGAGUGUAAAGGAGGAGUGGAUGUUUAAUAAUGCCGGCGGGGCGAUGGGGGCUAUGUAUUUGAUCCAUGCUAGCAUAACAGAAUACCUAAUAAUCUUCGGCACCCCCCUGGGCACCGAGGGCCACUCCGGCCGCCACACCGCCGACGACUACUUCCACAUCCUCACGGGCACCGAGCUCGCCUUCUCCGCCGGCUCCUACGAGCCGGAGAUCUAUUCCCCCGGAUCAGUGCACCAUUUGCGCCGUGGUGAGGUGAAGCAGUAUCGGAUGCCGGAGGGCUGUUUCGCGCUGGAGUAUGCCCGCGGCUUUAUACCGGGGAUGUUGAUGUUUGGGUAUGCGGAUGGGUUGACUAGUACGAUGGAUUUGCCGACGCUGUGGACGACGACGAGGGUUACGGGGAGGGAGAUGUUGGGAAAUUUGGUUAGGGGGAAGUUGUAG